AAGACUGCUGUAGUUAGCCUGAGGUUAGGUUGAGUGAGGUCAAAUUCGGAAAUUCAGCAUCGGGACUAACAACGGGCACUAUCGAACUCGCCAGCAAAGAUCCUCAGUAUUAUGGUGUCAGUGCAUCUUGUUGGCACUAUUGAUAUUAAGCUAUACACGGAGAAGACGUUCCUCUUUUCUGCCGAAAUUUCACUAGCCGCCAGCACAGUAAACUUGAAGGUCCGUUCGCUGUCAACGUGGCUGUGACGUCAUUCGUCGCCAAGAAGACGGAGCAUUGUUUCCUGGAGGCAAUCAACAUGAUUGACAAGUAGCAGCAGUGAGCCACCAUCUCUUGUCAAACCUAACGUUCACCUUUCACAAACACCAAACUGCUAAGAGCCGCUGUCAUGGUCGACCGGCAACUGUUGAUCGCGAGAUCUAUUAUAUACGCCAUUCUGGAAACUGACGAGAAUGGCCUUCCAAAGUCUAAACCAGGAUUUCUGAGACGUCUGAUUAGCCGCUUCUAUGUGUAUUGGUUGACGUUCCAGCUUGUGAGAGCCGACCUUUUCAGUGCUUUGCGUGAGUUCUGGGCUAUCAAAGACGAGAGCUACAAGUCAAGCUUCGGAUCGGACUGGAAAGCGGCAUCCCAGAAGAAGGAUGUCCUGCACACGAUGGGCGAUAUGGGCUACAGCGGGUCCACCUUCUAUCGCACAAACGACGGCGCCUACUUGGUCAAAUCGGUACCAAGACACUUCGAGCACGAGUUUUUCAAGAAUGAAAUGUUGAUACCGUAUGUUGACCACAUGCGAUCGAACCCGGCCAGUCUUCUCGUGCGCAUUACAGAUUUCUUGGCAUGCUCGCAGAGGAGCCUCGGGUCCCUAUUUGGAUUUGCCCCGAGUCAUCAUAUCGUCAUGGAAAACAUCCUCUACGGCCAGGAGGGGUAUGAUGACGACGGCAGCAAGCCGAAGUGGGACUUCUGGGACCUGAAGCCAACUUCUUACUUUUACCCUGAACGCGACGUGGCUGGAGGCGUCCUCACAUCCGAGGCCACGAAAUCAAAGUUGGCAGACGAGUUCAACGGCAAGAUCAAGUUGACUCUGGACCAAGCGGAGGACUUCAAGGCACAGCUACAAAAGGAUACGAAGCUCCUCGCAAGCUGUAACGCCGUCGACUACUCGCUCUUCCUCGUCCGCAUUUCGGCAGAUUCGGCCGCAGAGCUGGAGGAGUCUAAUGUUGAGGCUGUUGUGCCGGAUGCUCCCCCUUUCGCACCACCCGGACCACCGAGCUGGCGUACGGGCGUGACCUCAAGCGAUGGGAAGGAGGUAUAUCGUGCAGCAAUACUGGACUUUUUCUGGGCCAAGCACACGCCUCACGCCAAAGCCAUGACUGGGCUUAUCAACACUUACAAUCUUGUUCACGAGCAGGGACCUAUGAGUUUGACCACGACAAGCUCCGAGUACAGGGAGCGAUGGCUGAAGAUGUGUAUGGACAUGAUUGAAGUUGAGGGUGAUCCGGAAUGGGCUCCCUAGAUACGGGAUGAGCCGUCAAGAGCCGUUUCCGGACCGACGGAGGUGGGCCUGGGGUACUUUUGCGAGGAGUUAUGGAUGCAAACACAACAGUUAUAGCGCAAUGGUUU